UUUCCUCCCUCCCUGUAUAAUCCUCAUUUGUAUAAUCCAUCAUUUUGCAUUCAACGAACAUUUGGCAUUAUUGUUAUUUCGUCUAUUCAAAUUGAGAGACAUUUGUAUGCUAGGGAAUAUGAAAGUGGAUGUCGAAGUAAAGCUCUUGUGUCUACUGGCUUUUGGGUUGACAAUCUUAAGCGGAUGCAUCCCUGCGUCCAUAGGAACAGCAGGUGUAUACCCAAUUUAUCCCAAGAAUGAACAAUCUGAGGUCUCCUCAUUAGUUGAACAAGACACCCAGAGAAUUGGCAGGAGAUUACAAGCAACAGCAAAGACUGCCUUCUUUAAUGUGCAAGGCAAUGUUUAUCCAGAUGGGAUUUACUAUGUAAACUUGUCGAUUGGUAAUCCCCAAAACCAAUAUUAUCUGGAUGUAGACACUGGCAGUGAUUUAACAUGGCUUCAGUGUGAUGCUCCCUGCCAAAGUUGUGCCAAGACACCCCAUCAAUGGUACAAACCAAAACCACGCUCAGGGGUAUCAUGCAAGGAUCCUCUGUGUGCGGCUGUGCAGGCAACGAGUCAUGACAAAUAUGACUGUCAGAGUUCUUAUCAACAAUGUGAUUAUGAUAUUAGGUAUGCUGAUAAUGGGUUCUCUAAGGGAGUUCUUGUUAGGGACUGUGUCGCGGUAACACUCAGCAAUGGCACUAUCGUCAGGCCUACUUAUGUAUUUGGGUGUGGAUAUAUACAAGGUGGUUCGUUGAGACAGACACAAACUACAGAUGGUGUUUUAGGUCUGAGUAGCGCUGCAGCAAGUCUUCCAUCUCAAUGGGAAAAGCAAGGCCUCAUCAAGAAUGUCAUAGGCAUCUGCAUUACUGGAGGAGGGAAAAAAGGGGGAUACAUGUUCUUCGGUGAUGAACUUGUGCCCACCUCGUCCAUGACCUGGGUUCCUCUGUUUGGGAGGCCCCCGAUCAUGAGAGAAAACACCCACACCAUGAUAAGGCUUAUCGUCCACCUCUGCACUUGUUAUCCAUUCAUGAAAUGUUCGUUGAGACAGACACAAACUACAGAUGGUGUUUUAGGUCUGAGUAGCGCUGCAGCAAGUCUUCCAUCUCAAUGGGAAAAGCAAGGCCUCAUCAAGAAUGUCAUAGGCAUCUGCAUUACUGGAGGAGGGAAAAAAGGGGGAUACAUGUUCUUCGGUGAUGAACUUGUGCCCACCUCGUCCAUGACCUGGGUUCCUCUGUUUGGGAGGCCCCCGAUGAGAUACUACCAUGUGGGAGCAGCACAGAUGAUCUUUGGGAACAAACUUCUUGCAAAGGAUGGGGAUGAAAGAAGGCUUGGAGGCAUAAUAUUUGACACUGGCAGCUCAUAUACAUACUUUACAAAACAAGCUCACGAUGCUCUCGUCUCUGCAGUCAAAGAAAGCAUUGGAAAACAGUUAGUACAAGAUUCAUUGGAUCAAACCCUGCCAUUCUGUUGGAAAGGGAAAAAAAAAUUAAGAUCCAUUGCAGAUGUAAAAUCAUACUUCAAACCAUUAAAAUUCAACUUCAAAAGCAACUCACGAUUUACCAAAAAUGCAAAUUUUGAAAUCCCUCCAGAGGGUUAUUUGGUAAUCAGUGUUAAAGGCAAUGUCUGUCUAGGGAUUCUCGAUGGCACUGAAGUUAGCUCCUACAAUGUCAUUGGAGACAUAUCUUUGCAGGGUUAUCUUGUGGUUCAUGACAAUGGCAACAACCGGAUUGGGUGGACUCGCAUGGAAUGCACCAAGCUUCCCAAAUCUGGCCAACGGCGGUGGGCUUUAGAAGAUACUCAACAGUUACCUGAAGGAGAAGCAAUUCCAUUUGCUCAAGACCUUGGCAAAGGCGUUUGCCCUGCUACUUCCUACUUUAUUCCAGACUUUGGCACGCUUCAAUAAACCAGCCAUAAGACACCCGGCAAAGGGCAUAAAUCAUUGCGUGUUCAACUAUACUGGGUAGCAGCAGUAGGAGAAUGGAACUAUUUCUACAUCUUGCUAUCCAUUGGGCAGAAUCCUAUACCUUUGGGACAGAGAAACUUUUCAGGAGGUGAAUUUCAAAAUCCGAUAGAGGAUUGCAAUCAGGAGGAUGUACUUGUAAUUUUUCAAACUGGCUAAAAUACAGCGUCUUGGAAUACCCAUCAUUGUUGCAGCCAUUAUAAAGUCCCUCCCACUGUCCACUGGGGAUGAUUGAGUACAAUCAAACAAAUUGACUGAUUUGUAAAAUCUUGAAUAGUAUUAACGAAUACGAGUAUACUUUACUCCUCCUAGCAAAGAGGCUGUCUUAUGAAUGUAAAGAGGUCCUGUGGCCAAUCAAGGCUCACUAUUUAAUCAAAUAGAAACGAACUGAUUUUUAUGUGGCUUUA